AUGGCCGACACCGCUACCGCUCCCGCUGCUCCUGCUGCCGCCGCUGCUGGCGAGAAGAAGAGACCUGAGAAGCCCAACCUCGACCUCUUCAAUGAGCGUCUGGCCAAGGCCGAGAAGGAGUACCAGGACUCCUUCGCUAAAUAUAAUGCUAUCAAGGCCAAAGUCGAGCUCGCCGUGCCGAACAAGAACAAAGAUGCCCCUACGCCGACCCAGAAACGCCGCCAGGAACUGAUCGCCCAAGCCAACGAGAUCCGGAACAAGCAGGGCGCGGGCAAGAAUACUCGCAACUCUAAAAUGGAUCAAAUAAAGCGUCUUGACGAACAACUCCGCUCCCGCAUUGCCGAACAAAAGAGUGCUCGCGGCAAGGUCAACUUCAGGAGUGUCGAGGAUCUCGACCGCGAGAUCGAGAAUUUGGACAAGCAGGUCAACAGCGGCAUGAUGAAGCUUGUCGACGAGAAGAAGGCUCUCACCGAGAUUUCCAACCUCCGAAAGCAGCGCAAGCACUUCGCCCAGUUCGACACCUCGCAGAAGGGCAUCGACGAGUUGAAAGCCAAGAUCAAGGAAAUCAAGGACAGCAUGGAUGACCCCGAAAACCGCGCCCUGAGCGAGCAGUACACCAAGAUCCAAGCCGAGAUCGACAGCAUCAAGGCCGAGCAGGACGAGGCCUUCAAGAAUCUCAACUCGUUGCGUGAUGAGCGAAGCAAACUGCAAGCUGAGCAGCAGGAGAAGUUCCAGGCCGUACGCAAGCUCAAGGACGAAUAUUACGGUGCCAAGAAGGCCCAUGCCGAGUACGAGCGUGAGGCUCGCCAGAAGGUCCGAGAACGGCAAAAGGCCGACCGUGAGAAGUUCGACAAGGAAAAGAAAAAGGAACGUGCCCAGAAGAUGCUCCAGGAGGCCAGCGACCCCGCCUACCUCGAGGAGAUCCGAAGAGCGAACAGUCUGUUGCACUUCUUCGACCCCUCCUCAACCUCUUCUGAGAAGGCUCCGCUUCUGGCCGAGAGUGGUCUGAGUGCCCAGGCUUCGCGCAAGGUCGAAGAUUCCGCUCCGAAGGGCACCAAGCUGCUACGAAAGGAGGAUCGCGAUGAUGAAUACGCCCCAGCCGUGAAGAAGGGAAAGAAGGGCAAGAAGGGGGGUGCCGCUGCCGCCGGGAAGAGCACUUACAACUGCCCGCCUUCGGUCAUUGAUGACUGUGGCUUCAUGGGCAUUGAUCCUCCCAUGAGCGCUGCUGAUGUCCCCGCCGCCGCCGAGAAGGUCAAGGCUAAGCUCGAGCAUUGGAAAUCUGACCAAAAGGCCCAGACCGAACGAAACGUCGAGAAGGCCAAGAAGGAGAUUGAGGCGCUGGAAGCCGAAGAGGCAGGUGAUGCACCCGGUACCGCGACUCCCAACGGCGUCGACGGUGACAAGAAGGCCGAUGACAAGGUAGCCGACGUGACUUCGGAUCUGAAGGAUGCCUCCUUGGAGGAGAAGAAGGAGUAG